UGUCGGCGCCGGUAACGAUGAGCGGAGACGGCAAAGCGGGGAAGGUGAGGGCGACCUUCUCGGUGGUGGCGGUGGGGGUUGUGCUGCUGUUGGUGGCCGUGAGCACCGAUCACUGGGCAGUGCUCAGCCCGAGCGUCGCCCAACACAACGGCACAUGCGAACGGGCGCACUUCGGGCUGUGGAGACUCUGCACAGAGACGGCGCUCGUCCGAGCGUCCGGUCCGGACAGCGGAGGCUGCGGGGCGGACGGUCUAACCAGAGAGCAUAACUGCACCUACUUCAAACACUUUACCUCUGGGGAGAAUGCAGAGAUAUUCCAAGUCACCACACAAAAGGAAUUCAGCAUAUCAGCGGCAGCGAUCGCCAUAAUCAGCAUCGCCUUCGUGCUCCUGGGCACAGUCUGCGUCCUGCUGUCCUUCAACAAGAGGCUGGACUACCUCCUGAAGCCAGCGGCCAUGUUCCUGACCUUCUCAGGCUUGUGUAUCGCCAUAUCGGUGGAGGUCACACGGCAGUCAGUGAAGCGAAUGAUCGACAGUGAAGAAACCAUCUGGAUCCAGUACUAUUACGCCUGGUCCUUUGCCUGCGCCUGUGCUGCCUUUGUCAUCCUCGUCAUUGGUGGGAUCACGCUUCUCCUGAUCUCCCUGCCUAGCAUGCCCCAAAACCCCUGGGAAUCGUGCAUGGACGCUCCGCCGGAAUAGCGAGACUGAGGAGGAACCAGGCACUGCUGAGCGCUCGCUGGGGAAACAGCGCUUGUGCAGGAAAAAGUGCUUUUAUUUUGUGAAACCACAGGCCAGUGUUCAGAGGGAGCCUCGCCUCUGGUCUCCGGCUGCUCUUUAAUAAUAAAGACAUUACAAGGAAUUGAGUUGACCAUCGACACAGCGUGAUAUUUGUGUCUCAUCUUCAGAACCACAGCGAGCGCAUCUAUUAUGGCUAAGAGUGAGGGGUACUUGGGGAGUGAGUAGCCCUACUAAUGUUAACUCUACUCCCUCACCCUCAAACUCUUAACUUCACAUCACGACUUCCAAGAGUCGUCUGCUGUUUUCACAGAGAUGGAACACAAAGGCUUUGAAUUCCUUGUUACGGAUUUUGAGGCGGAGGAGGACUGGCGAGAUCCCCUCUUUGAAUGUUGUUUGUUUGGUGCAUCAGAGCGGAUGGGGCCACAUGAACAAAACAGACAGUUUUCAGCCAAUAAGUGCGGAUGAUGAACGUGGGAAAUUACUGAUCAUCUCAACCACAAGUUCAACACUGAUGCUUCUGAUUAACUCAAUCUGCACGUCAUCCAUCCAACUUUACCACAGUUUAGUCCAUUAACUUUGUACUUCCCAGGAGACAGUUUCUUCAGCGGGUUGCUCCAGCUCGCUCUAUUGCAACAUUUUGACCUUAAAAAAAAAGUGCUGAAACACGACGAUGGAAUUGUUAGAAGUUGGAAUUUGCGUGCUUUCCCAUUGCCUGACUGUUCUGUGAUCAGCGUUCAGAUGCUGGUUUUAAAUCAACAGUUUCAGGGAGAUAUAUAUAUAUAUAAUAUACGUACAGAGUCUGUAAAGAGCUUUGAGACAUAAGGCGCUAUAUCAAAUGCAAGGAAUAUUAUUGUUAAUAUUAUCAUGCAGUGUUUGAAAGGUGAUUUUGAAGACCAACUACUCACUUGUAAUAUUCCUUAAUUAAGAAAUGCGGGAGGUCUGAUGCUGAUGGGUGGGAUUUCUGUUCUAACAAUCUUUAUUCAGUCGCAGAGAGCUGCACAAAGCAAUGGCCAGAAGGGAGUCUCCGCUCAGAUUUCUUAAUUAAAAAAUCCCAUAAAAUUGACCCCGUUUACACAUCUCACAAUGAAAGAAAUAACAAAAUUUUGGAUAACACAGUAUUAUAGACAUCACUUCUGGAAAACAAGCUUGGCGAGCGCUUAUUGUAUUUGUUCCGAAUUCGUCUUGAACAUUGUGUGGUUUGAAAUGUGUCCCAAGUCUUUGGCGUUCAUAUGUAUUUGGGCACAUAAUCAUGAACAAAGCAAUAACAGCUAAAAUAUUGCAAAGCAUUCACUACUAGACUGUACACUGCUAAAUUGGUAUUUUUUAUUAUUAUUAUAAAUUGAUAUCAGAUGGAUUGUGCAGAGACUUCAGGAUCAGACAAAAUCAGUAGGGUUUAAAUAAAGUCAUAACAAAGUGGAACAUUUUAUUCAAAUUAAUCUCAUUUACCAGGGUUUAUUUGCAUGCUGACGAAACACUCCCUUUACAGCAGUAACAGGUAUAGCGUACCUAUGCUGAAACAUAACAGUGUGGUUUAAAUGUGGUUGACAGCAGAAGGGCACAAUAAGUACUGAAAUGAAUAAGCUGUUCAGCCUUUUUUGAAGAAGAAUUUGCAUUUGGCAGCACCUCGUUGUGUCUCGGUGAGUCGGAGCCCUUCACACGUAAUUACGAUGUAGUGUAGUGACUGUUUCUUUAACGCUCUGUGAUGCAAGGUGAGACAAGCAUUUUCACUGCAAUUUGAUAAUGCAUCCAAAAAAAGUUUUUUUUUUAAAAAGGAUAAUGUACAUGGUUAGAUGUAUUCAGCUCUUUGUAUGCUUGAUGCUAAUGAAGUCCCAGUGCAGACGCAAUAGUGCAUGGAGCUGCUGUGUAUUGUCAGAUACAAUUUGAGUGAUUGUAUAGCAUGCUUACUACACCCCGACUGCUCUUAUAAGAAAUAAACCUACAUUUUGUUCGACUUCCCUUGGCCUUGCCUACUUCGCAAACUUAUUUUAAACCCCUGAAACCGUGUGGCCUUUCUUUACUGAACGUGAUGGUGCUCGAUUUACUCUUUGACCUGAUAAAAGAACAAAUAAAUGGAUUUUCAAAAA